UCCAAGGCUCUGAACAAAGCAAACUCUUCUCAGGAAAUCUUCUUUGAAGUGGAGCUGCCCAAGCCUUCAUCAGCAACUUCAGCAUGGAAAUUGAAGGUCAGGUGUAUGUUGGUGAGGUGAAGGAGAAAGAGAAAGCAAAGAAAGAGUAUGAGAAGGCUGUUUCCUCUGGACACACUGCUGGACUGGUCAAGGCUUCUGGAAAAAACAUAGAGGAGUUUUCAGUGUCUGUGAAUAUUGCAGCCAAAAGUAGCGUGACUUUUAUUCUGACUUAUGAGGAGCUCCUUCAGAGGAAACUGGGCCAAUAUAAGAUUCUAACGCGAGUUGCCGUCACAAACUCAAAGGCUCACAUCUCUUUCUCACCAAUACUGGAGCAGCAGAGGAAAUGUCCAGGAUGUGAAGACACCAUGAUUAAUGGGGAUUUCAUUAUCAAAUACGACGUGAAGCGAGAAGAGAGCCUUGGGGAAAUUCAGAUGAAUUCCUUCAGAUGGUGA